AUGGCCACGAUUCGCGCGUCGUCGGGUGGCAAGGCGUUGCGACUGUCGAGCAUCAGCAGCAGCUACACCGCAAGCCACCCUGAGGCCCCCUAUUGGCCUGGUCGCGACGUCAUCAGGCCGAGCGUUGACAAGGUGGCAGAGCGGGUGGCCGAGGCGGCCGCGGCUAGGGAGGCGCGUGAGAGGCGGGAGGCACGGGACAAGGAGGCCGCGCGGCGGGCCGAAGAGGCGGCGCGUCAGGAGCGUGACGCGGCCAAGGAGCGGGCCGCAGAGAUGCUGGACCAGGAUUACAAAAUGGCGAACGAGGCCGGCCCCACGCGCGCCAAGGGCUCCAAGGGAGGUGGCCGUGGCGGCGGCGGCGGCCGCGGCCGCGGACGCUAG